AUGGGCGCCAAAGAAUCAUUACCAGGUGAUGGCCCUAUCCCAGAGAUGCACCAUUAUUACAGCAAAUUUAUGAGAGAAUGCCCAUCUGGGCAACUUAGUCUGCAUGAAUUCAAGCACCUCCUGGGUCUGCAAGGGCUGGAUCCACAGGGAGAUAUAUACAUUAAACGAGUGUUCGAUAUCUUUGACCUGAACCAGGUAAACUUUCUUUUCUUUAUUUCUUUAAUCUCAUACUGUUGCUUUGUUU